UAUGUCUGUUUAUUAAUUGAAGGUGGUUUCAGUUUGUCCGAAGUUGGAACGGUACAAUCCUACUCCCCGACGUCGAAAUCCAUAAGAAAAACGAUUCCGUAUACUGUAUAUAUAUAUUACAAUCGUGUUAUGUACGUACACAUGACACGACUAUGCGACAUAUUGAUAAGAAUUGCUGUAUUGGAAACAAUGAAGACACUUCUAGCUUUGGUCAUAGUGUUCUUUGCCGUGGCUUCCAUCCAUUCGUGCAACAAUAUCGAUGCUAAUAAUUUAUUUAAACAAUUCUGCAAUAUUCGUAAUCGUCAAGCAUUCAAUUAUUGUUUGAGAGAAAACAACGUGAAUAUUAUUAACGAUUUGCAUCGCAAUUGUAUCAUGCAAGUCAAGUAUUAUAAAACUAUGGAUGAAUUAAAAAAUUUUAUUUGCAAUGGUAGUACAGAAGAGGAACUUACAAAAUAUUUUCAUUGCUUCUAUCCAGCAAUCUAUGUGGAAAACAUAGCUAAUCCUAAUCUUCUAGAUAUCAAUCGGAAAUGCUUAAAGGAGGUUUCAAAAUACUAUUAAAGACCUACAACUUUCGAAUAAUUUGGAAUAACCGAUUAAAAUUUAAAUAAAGAUUUUUAACUGUCAAUUUUUGUAUUUAUCGUUUGGGUUGAUGAUAAAGAAUUAAUAUAUUUAAUUAAUAAAUUUAAUUGCGUCAAAUGUCGUUACAUUUAAGAUCCAUUUUUAUAUAAUAAAUAAUCUUCACUAAAACUUUUUCAAGCUUAAAAUUGCGCAGAACUGAUUAAAUUGUCUUUACGACUGUUAUGUAUAACAAUAUAUAACAGGAGGAAAGUAUGGCGAUCGAUCAAAAAGACCCUCCAAGAUUUUUACAUUCUUGGAU